AUGUCAAAGAUCGUCAUUGUCACGGGUGGGAACGGCGGAAUUGGCUACGAGGCAGUCAAAGCCCUGUUCCAGUCCAGAAAGCCUUAUCACAUAUUUAUGGGCAGCCGAUCAAUCGAAAGAGCGAACGACGCUAUCAAAGAGCUCUAUAAAGAAUCUCCUGACUCUAGCAACAAGGUUGAACCACUCCAAGUCGAUUUGACAAGCGACGAGUCCAUCGAGAGUGCAUUUGAGAAGGUCAAGUCCGGGGUAGGCUAUAUCGAUGCCCUCGUGAAUAAUGCCGGCGCAACAUUCGAUCUCGAAUACCUCGCCAAUCGAGUCUCUCUCCGCGAGUGCUUCAACAAUGCCUACAAUGUCAAUCUGGCUGGAACAAAUGUCAUGACAGCCACAUUCAUCCCACUUCUCCUCAAAUCUAAUGAUCCUCGUCUGAUCUUUGUGACCGGUCUAUCGGCAAUAAACAAAGCCGCAGAGGCAUAUUUCCCCACGCCUCCUCAGCCAGCGGGUUGGCCGAAGAAAAUCGAUUUCGAGACGAUUGGGUAUCGCUGUAGUAAAGUUGCGCUGAAUAUGAUGAUGCUGGAUUGGAACCAUAAGUUGAAGGCAGAUGGUGUCAAGGUAUGCUGUGUGGGACCAGGGAUGUUAGCAACAAAUCUCGGAGGUGCGCGUGAAAUGGCUAUUGCGAUGGGGGCCAAGCAUCCGAGUAUUGGUGGUCAAUUAUUACGCAGUGUGGUGGAGGGCGAGAGGGAUGAUUCCAUGGGGAAGAUUAUUGUGCAGCAGGGAAUUAUGCAGUGGUAG